AUGAUUUGUGGUGAUGGUGAUACUGGCCGUGGCGAUGCUGAUGUUGGUGGCGGAAGUGAUGAUGAUAAUGGUGAUGAUAAUGGUGAUGAUGAUAAUGGUGAUGAUAAUGGUGAUGAUGAUAAUGGUGGUGAUGAUAAUGGUGGUGAUGAUGAUGAUAAUGGUGGUGAUGAUGAUAAUGGUGGUGAUGAUGAUAAUGGUGGUGAUGAUAAUGGUGGUGAUGAUAAUGGUGGUGAUGAUAAUGGUGGUGAUGAUAAUGGUGAUGAUGAUAAUGCUGGUGAUGAUAAUGGUGAUGAUGAUAAUGGUGGUGAUGAUAAUGGUGAUGAUGAUAAUGGUGAUGAUGAUAAUGGUGGUGAUGAUAAUGGUGAUGAUGAUAAUGGUGGUGAUGAUAAUGGUGGUGAUGAUAAUGGUGAUGAUGAUAAUGGUGAUGAUAAUGGUGGUGAUGAUCAUGGUGGUGGUGAUUAUGGUGAUGAGAAUGGUGAUGAUGAUGGCGAUAAGCAUGUAGUGUUAAUUAUAUAUCCAUUUAUCUGAAUAAAUGAACUUUAUUAUUGGAGGAACAGACCAGGAACAGUUCUUUUCUCAUUUUUCUAGUGGGUUUCAACACCGCUGGAAAUUGAAGAUGGUCUAGUUGUCUUAAUAACAAUGCUAGCUCACAUAUCAUUUAUCAUCAACAUUGUGGCAGUAGUUUUUCAAAGUAUAACAGUUUCCACUGAAGCAAACAGAAUUGCAAUAUUCAAUCUUGCGGCACUACUCAUAGGGUCUCUGUGGUCAAUAACGACGGUGAUAUUUAUGACGCUGGGGACCUGGUGUUCACCCAACUGGGAGGAAUGGCGCGAGUUGAAUUCAAAGAUCAAACUACGAGAGUUGGUCUAUGUGGACCGCUACCUACGAGACGUUCUUUAA